AUGAGGGCUCUAGUGGUAGCCGGCACGCAUGGCGGCGUGGGAUGCACUUGGUUCACGCUCGGCCUAUUGGCGGCGCUGCGGCGUCGAGGCCUCACGGUGCAGCCUCUGCGGCUCGGACCAGAGCCGCUGGACGCGGGGCCCUACGUGGCGGCGUGCGGUCGAGAGCCCAUCAAUCUGGACGCAUGGAUGGCUCCAGGGGACCUAACUCGCGCCUUGUUUAACCGACGCGCGGCCGGCGCGGAUGUAGCGGUGGUGGAGGCGGCGGGCGGAGUGUUUGACGGGUGGGACGGCGGAAGGGCGGACGGCACGGGCAGCGCGGCGGAGAUGGCGAAGCUGCUGGGGGGCCUUCCCGUGCUGCUGCUCCUCGACGGCCGCUCCGCCGUGCGCUCCGCUGCCGCGCUCAUCCACGGAUUCACAUCCUUCGACCCAUCUCUCACGUUCGCGGGGAUGCUGCUCAAUAUGGUGGAGAGCGAGGCGCACGCGCAGUGGAUGUGGGACGCGCUCUCCGCCGCGGACGUGCGCCUGCCGCUCAUCGGCGCGCUGCCCUUCCUCCCGCACCUCUCGCUCUCCGCCAUCCUCUCCUCGCCCUCCUCCCCCACCCACUCCCCGCCGUCCUCUCUCCUCUCCUCCCCGCUCCCUGACUCCCUUUCCUCCGCGUCCUCCCCGCCAGUCUCCCCCGGCCCGUCCCCCUAUCUAUUCUCCGCGCUAGCCGACGCCGUGUCGCACUACGUGCACAUUCCGCGCCUCCUCUCCGCCUGCGCCUCGAUCCUGCUGCCUCCGCCGUCGUUUCCGCUCUCCUCCCCGGGGGGUGCGGGCGGGCGGCGCAAGGUGGUGCGCAUGGGGGUGGCGCGGGACGCGGCGUUCUGCCUCGUGUACCAGGAGAACCUGCUGCUGCUGCAGGAGGCGGGAGCGGAGCUCGUGUUCUUCUCGCCGCUCGUUGACCCCCUUCCGCCGCGCCUCAACGCCGUCUACCUGCCGGGCGGUCGCCUCGCGCCUUUCGCGCCUCGCCUCUCCGCCAACCGCCAGCUCCGCUUCGGCCUGCGCGCAUUCGCCGCGGCGGGAGGCUUGGUGCUGGCAGAGUCCGCAGGCACCGUGUUCCUUGCGCACUCGCUGCAGGUCCGCGCGCGCCUCCCCUCCGCCUCUUCCGCUUCGUACUCUCCCCCUGCAACCUCCGUUCACACCAAUCGACUCUUCUUUUCCGCGCUCCCGUUCCGCAUUCCCUCGACAAUUUGCGCACUUCUCCCGUCUCCCGGCACGGACGGCGCGGAGUACCCCAUGUGCGCGCUGCUGCCCUUCACGGCGCGCGAGCUGCACGCGCCACCCGCGCCGUCGUACUGCCUGGUGCGCCCGUCCCUGGGGUCGCCGCUCUUCGACCCUACUCUUGCGCCCAUCCGCGGGUGCCUCGUCGCGGUGGCGGAAUUCACCCCGCUGCGCAACCACCCCGCGCCGCCGCCCGCGCCUCCGCAACUUCAGCGCCCCGAUCUCAAUGGCUUCCCCACGGAGCUCGCGUUCCCCUCCGCCGUGCGCCGCCCGCUGCCUGCGCGUUUUCCCCCCGGCGACGCCAAGGACCCGCUCGCCGGCGCGGCGGGGGCUGCGGGGGCGGACGGCCUAGGCGCGCCGUCUCAUCUUCCGCCGUUUCCGCCGCCAUCCGCACGCGCUUUCCUGCACUCCGCGUCCGCCUGCUCCUCCGCGUGUCCCGGGUGCUGGGACAUUUCCCUCGCCUCUCCGCGCGCCUCCCCGCGCUACGCCACUCCGCGCGACGCCGCUCCGUGCGCCAGACCGCGGGAGUGCAGGGAUCUAGGCCAGGGGGAAUGGGGCGGCGCGGCGGACGGCGGAGAAGGCAUGGGCGCGGCGGAGGGAUGGGGGGGGCGGGCGGAGCAGCGCGGGUGGCUGAGACGGUCCGAGACGUUUGCGGUGGGGGAAGGGGGGAUGCGGGGCGUGGGGAGCGGAUGGCGGGAGGUGCGCGCGGAGCAGAGCGGUGAUAUAGCCUGGGGAGCCAUGCCGGGGGAGUACGGGGGCGCGGCGGAAAGGGACAGGCGGAACGGAUUCCGCGCAUGGGCGCAGGUGUACGGCAUCGGGGGGAGAAUGGGCGAGGGGGAGGGGCGGGCGGGGGAGAGAGGCGCGGUAGUGAACAGCGGAAGCGGCAGUUGCAGCAGCGCGUGCGACAGCGGAAGCGGGAAUGGGAGCGGUGGCUUUCCCAUCACGAGCACGACGAGCACGAGCAGCAGCGGCAGUUGCGGCAGCGGCGUUUGCGAGGUGCCUGCAGGGGCGACGCACGAGCGGAAAGGGAGCGGCGGAGGGAUGAGCGGGACCAGCAAGGGCGACGAGGUCGCAGCAGCGGCGGCGGCGGCGGCAGCGGAGGAGAAGGCGGCUGCGAUGGAGAGCGCUGCGGAGCGGAUCAAGAGCAUGCGCGCGGAGCAGAUGCGCGUGAUGGGGCUGGAGGGGCCGGUCCCCGCGAGCCGCAUGCUGCGCGUGCGGAGCGACCUCCGCGGGUACGCUGGGUGGGCGCGAGGCGCGGAGGACGGCAGAGACGGCAGCGGGUUCAGGGACGCGCGCCGAUCCAGCUGCGACUCGCCUUCUAACGGGGAUGAUGCAAGCCGUGGCUAUUACUGCAGAGGAGGCGGAGGCGGAUGCGCAGGGGGACUGCGGAGGGGGGAGCGCGGCUCGCGGAGCAUGACGAUCCGCGAGAGCGAGGAGGCGGACGCCGCUUCCCCCUCGUACCGCCCCCUGCUCUCCAUCCCUUCGCCCUCCUCCGCCCUCGCCCCCAUGCGCCGUACCCGCUCCGAACUCUGGCCCGCGCGCCCCCCUCCGCUGCCGCUCGUGGCGGAGGGCAGGGCGGCGGAGGGCGCGUGGGGGCAGCGCGGGAGUGAGGGGAGGGGCAGGCGGAGCUGUGAAGGCAUGGGGGACGUUCCAAGGCGGGCGCGCACGCAAGUGGGGGGAAAGGGGGAGAGGUAUGCGCAGGGCGGGGGGAACCUGUGGGGAGAGGGGGACAUAUUGGCGGAGGGGAACGGGAGGAGGUGGCGGCGCGCGUCGUUGGAAGGGGGCGCGCGGGGAGGAUGGGGGGAGGUAUAUGGGGGGAGUGCAGUCGCUGUAGUGGGGGAAGAGGAGGCGGGGGAGGAUACGUGCGGAGAAGGGGAGACUGACAUGGCUAUUGUACGAGUGGGCAGCGGCAGCAGCAGCAGCAGUAUUGGCAGCGUGAGUGGCGGAGGGAGUGGGGACGAGAGCAGCGGCGCAGAGGCAGCGAGUGAGGAGUGUGCGGGGGAUGUCGAGGGGGAGACGGGCGGAAGCAGCAGCGGGGAAAACGAGGGGGAGCAGUGGGCGGGGAUGGGGAGGCGCAGAGUGGAAGCGGGGGGGAUUACAGCUCCUGACGGGUCGUGCGACGCUGUAACGCCUCCUCCGCGCUCGUCUGCUCCCCUCAUCCAUGCCAUACAAGCAGCAGCUGCAUGCAGAGCAGGCAGCCUGGGCAGCGAUACGCCUACUGCAUCCUCGGAGCUGGUGGAAGUGGGGGGAGGGGCGCGAGUGGGCGCCAUGAGCGCACGAGCGUCCCCCCAGCAGCCCCUGCCGCGGGUGUGCCAUCUGCCCCUCGUUCCUGGGCUCGCGCCCUGCCCUGCGCGCAGCUGUGGCGCUGACGUGGCGCAGGGCGGGCUGGGGGAGGGGGCGCCGGGAGGGAAGGUGGGAGGGGAGCAGCGGGGCGCGGGAGAGGUGGUGGUUGGCAGCGAGGGUAGUGGGUGGGCCAGAGAGGAUAGCAAAGGUGGCGAGGGUGGGGAGCAGGAGGCAGUGGCGCAGUGCAUGGCCGUGUGCUCUGCACUCUCCAGACACAUCCUCGCUGCUGCUGCCUGCUCUGCGUCUACAGCACCGCUCAGCCACCUCGUGCUCAACCUGGCACACCCCUCCUUGCUCUCCACACUCCUCCCCACGUCCCCUCUCGCCACCCUCCUCUACCACCCGCACUCACUACCUCUGCCUCUGCCUCUGCCUCUGCCUCUCCCCGCCACGUCAUCCGCCCCCAAUGCUGCCUCGUUACACGACCAUCGCCCGCAGCAGCACAGCCGCAUUGCAACAGCAUGCCUGGCAGCGCAGGAGAAUGCUGCGUGGAAGCGUGGGGCACUCGUGUGCAGGCAGGAUGCGGAGGGGGUGUCAGUUGAACUGGGUACAGCGGUAUCAAAGGGUGGUGGCGCACGGGACGGGAGAAAGGUUGUUGCUGCGCCUGCAGUGGAAGCCUCUGCAGCCUCCCUUUCUUCAAAAGUGGCUCUACUUCAGCCGCGAUCGCUUGCAGACGUUCUUGAUAUGCUGGACGCUCAUCCCGCCAUCACUUGCCCCGCUUCUGCUGCUUCUGCUGCCGCUGCACAUGCGCCAAGCGUCUCGGUGUCUGUGCUAAGAGCACGCAUUCGAGCGGUGGUAGCAGCAGUGGCGGGGCAGCCUACUGUGCGGGUAGCAGUGGUGCUGCUGCCCUCAUCCCACCCCACCUCGUUGUGCCCAGAGUCCACUGAGGCGGGUCCAAAGCAUGCUGCAGAGCCUGUGGACCAGCAGCAGCAGCAGGCAGUGGUGGUGCCAGGGCUGUGGGUGGGGGACAUGGUGGCACUGGCAGGCGGCAGCGGUGUGGUGGCACAGGAGGCAGGGGGGAGCGCGCGGGCAGUGCAGUGGCAGCAUGUGUUGGACAGCGCUCCUGACGCUCUGCUGCUGCUGCUGCCGCCCCACCACGGCCCUUCCAUCAGCGAGGUGGGUGCGUGUGUGUAUGUGAUAGUGUGUGAUGAAGAGAAAACCGUUUUCGGCGGACUAUCGGAUGCGGAUCGGAUCUUCACGAAUCUGUACGGGCUGCACGAUCCGUUUAUUAAGGGCGCGAUGCAGCGCGGCGACUGGCACCGCACGAAAGACCUCGUCGUCAAAGGCACCGACUGGAUCAUCAACGAGAUGAAGAAAUCCGGGCUGCGCGGGCGCGGCGGCGCGGGGUUCCCGUCGGGCCUUAAGUGGUCCUUCAUGCCCAAGGUGAAUCCCGACGGCCGCCCGUCGUACCUCGUGGUUAACGCAGACGAGAGCGAGCCGGGCACGUGCAAGGAUCGCGAGAUCAUGCGCCACGACCCGCACAAGCUCAUCGAGGGGUGCCUCAUCGCGGGGGUGGGCAUGCGCGCGCGCUACGGGUACAUUUACAUCCGCGGAGAGUACGUCAACGAGCGCAAGGCCGUCGAGCGCGCCGUCGCGGAGGCGUACGCGAAGGGAUUCCUGGGCCGCAACGCGUGCGGAAGCGGGUACGAUUUCGACCUGUACGUGCACCACGGCGCGGGCGCGUACAUCUGCGGAGAGGAAACCGCGCUGCUGGAGUCGCUCGAAGGCAAGCAGGGCAAGCCGCGUCUGAAGCCGCCGUUUCCGGCGAACGCGGGGCUGUACGGAUGCCCGACGACGGUGACGAACGUGGAGACCGUCGCCGUGUCGCCGACGAUCCUGCGACGCGGGCCGGAGUGGUUCGCGUCGUUCGGGCGCAAGAACAACAGCGGCACGAAGCUGUUCUGCAUCUCGGGGCACGUGAACAAGCCGUGCACGGUGGAGGAGGAGAUGAGCAUCCCGCUCAAAGAGCUCAUCGAGCGCCACGCGGGCGGCGUGCGCGGCGGGUGGGACAACCUCCUCGCGAUCAUCCCGGGCGGCUCGUCAGUGCCCAUGCUCCCGAAACCCAUCUGCGACGACGUGCUAAUGGAUUUCGACGCGCUGAAAGCGGUGCAGUCCGGUUUAGGCACAGCUGCAGUGAUCGUGAUGGAUAAGAGCACUGACGUCGUCGACGCGAUCGCGCGGCUGUCGUAUUUCUACAAGCACGAGAGCUGCGGGCAGUGCACGCCGUGCAGGGAGGGCACGCCGUGGUUGUGGCAGCUGCUGGAGCGCAUGAAGGUGGGCGACGCGCUAAUGGAGGAGGUGGAUAUGCUGCAGGAGAUCACGAAGCAGAUCGAGGGGCACACCAUCUGCGCGCUCGGGGACGCCGCUGCGUGGCCCGUGCAGGGGCUGCUGCGCCACUUCCGCCCCGAGAUUGAGCGCCGUAUUGAGGCGCGCGCCGCCGCUGCUGCUGCUGCUGUUGCCGCUGGUGGUGCUGGUGAGUGGGCGGCGGGAAGAGGGAUGGGAGAGUGCGGCCAGGGGAUGAUGGCAGGGAUGGGAGGGUGUGUAGAGGGUGGGAUUUUGCAGCAAGGGUUGAGAGAUGUAUGGUGGUGGGUGCCACAAGAGGAGUUGAAAGACGGACGUGUUUCGAGUGCGUGA